CUGAAGUGAGCGCGGGAUGUCUUCAGCAUUCUUAUAAAUGUCCAAGAGGCAGUCUAUCAAUGUAAAUCUUUGAAGAUUAUAUUUGAGAGUUUGGAUGGAUAAAUUACAGAAUUGACAAGUUGGAGAAUCUAAAACACCGAUCCUAAAUAAAUGAGCACCACUACGAGAAUGUCCCAGACGUAACCGACAAAUAUUGGUGUAAAAUUUUCUGUGGACAUUUAAGGAUAGAAGAAUGAAUGAUAAUUGUUCUAAAUCAACAUUAUUAAAUGCUCCUACAACAUCAGAAAAAACACCAGCCAAUAUCUUAUUGUCAAUCUGGGCACUAUGGAUGUCAAGACAUAAAUGCCGUAGACUCUCACAAGCAGAACGAGCACAUCGAAAUCCAAAUUGAUUAUUAGUGCAGAUUGAGCAACGCUGAGCAUUCUUACAGAAUUUAGCCAAGUGGUCAAACCUAAGGCAUCGGAAACACUGCUUAACUGGCGGCACAUAAGGUCGCACUGGUAGACGCCACAUCUUUAAGUGAACGUAAUCUGGGAGUGAAGUAGAUGACGCAAAGAUAUCUGCAGUGAGACUGAACUCGUGGACGCCGAAAUAUUCAAGGGCGUGAUCUUCUGCUACAGCUGUUGCAGGCGCAUUUUCCGCGGAUGUUAUACAGCAAAGUGCAUCAAGAACAAACCCAGGCAAAAGCGUGGGUGUCAUCGAAGGCGAGAUAAGGGCAUUCUAGAGAUUGCAAGGAGAAAUCUCAGCGACAGUAAUAGUACUUCGCCUGCUGAAGAUAAUUUGAGUAAACCGCCAAGCAAUGCUCAUCACCAGGAAAAAGACCAGUGCAGUAUGACCAUUGCAAGGAAAAGUGUAGAGGUCGGAACAACGACGACGGUAACUCAGGAAUUGCUGAAACAAAUAAAUAACUCGGUCCUAAACGAUGAAGAAAUUGCGCAAGCACUUACUCAGCCGAAGAAAAAGCCGAAACGUAGAAAUAACAAACGUAAAAAGGAUUCUUGUACCGAUCUACGUAUUGCAGAGCUCGGCAAGUCGACGGAGAUAGCACAUAUGACCUUACGGCGGCGUUCGGAGGCUCUGUUAGUAAUUAAGUCUGAUUCCCACAUCAGAGCCUUGAAGCGUUCGUCGCUACGUAAUGAUUCAGGUUUAUCUGGAGAUACAGAGAAAUGGUCAGAUGAGGGCUACAGCAGCCAGGAUACUUACCGCCGACAUUGGUUGGACCGGCGUCUCGGGAGCCUUUUGAAGAUGCCGUACGUAUUUUUCAAGGAGAAUAUUCUCGCACGGAGCUCCAUGAUAAGUGUGAUGUUAACAAACAGGGCUCAAAAGAAAUCUGCUUUGAAGAAAUUAAAAUGUAUUUUACAUGAUGAAAUAGCCUGCCAUCAUAGUCGGGGUGUGAAGCAGUUGUAUCCCACCAUUAAGAAACAGAAGACACCCUACAAGUUGGGCUGGUUGCAUCUUGUGGAUAGAAUGUCGAAAGAUCUGGGAUGCAAGCACUACAGAAAAUCUCAUAGUUAUCGGUGUAUGCGGUCCCGGGUGAUGAGAUCGGCUGGACCAACACGAAGCGAGCUAGCUGUCUAUAGAAGGAAAUUAAAGAAGUUUUUCGCUGUGAACAUAAUACUGAAGCGGAUUAUUAGCCUCAAUCAUCAAUACGAGACCAUGCUCAGAGCGCAGACACGACACGAAAUGCCAAGAUUAAAACCAGUUAUUAUAGCAUCGGAGCAGAAUAGUGUUCAGCAGAUACAGAAGACGCCAAAGAAAAAUGCUGUGUAGUAUCAUUUAAAUAAAGAAGAAAUAUAAGCAAUAUCAAGAAGUAUUACUUUUUUUU